AUGCUAUCACAUAACUACCAUAGCAGUAAUACGACUAGCGCUAGGCGGUCGACGGGUGUGCCGGCUUCGCCGGGCACAGCCCGUUCUGUGAUCAAGAGCACGCUGGCGUCGCUUAUGGAUGGUCCCGAUAUGCAGCAGCGGAACUAUGUGCUCACGUCCGACACGUCUGCGAUGAAGCGGUCGUCUAGUAUACCGUACGGCUCGCAGCUGGCGCCGCCGGACGGGACCAGGACGAGGCGGCACAGUAUUGCGGAGGUGACGCACCGCAAGAGACAGCCGAACCUGUUCGCUGUGAACUACUUGAACGACUUCUUGAUGAACCGCGGGUUUCUGCCACAGCGGUCGCUCUUCCACAAGGACGACUGCAUGACGAUAUCCAUGGCCACGACCGCGGACCCGGUGUUCUUGCCUACCACGUCCAUCAAGGACGAGGAGGAGUACCUGAGCUCGAUCUCGGCACCGCAGAGGCACGAAAUGCAGGCACAUCAUUCUUCUUCCGCGGCUAUUGCACAGGAGGAGGACCGCGAUGAUUACCCACCUUUAAAUCUGGACUCUGCAGAUGCAAGCACACUGACUCCUGCUAAGAAGCUGAACAAUCCGUUUUUAGCAGAUCUAGCCAGAGGCGCACCACAUUACGAUACAAACCCAUUCUUGAACCCACCAUCUAUCAUGGACUCCCUAAACGAAAACAACGACUUGUCUCUGGCUUCCAUGGAUACACUUAACACUACACCGGAUCAAAAGAAAAAGACUAAGAGGACACAUGUCUCUGGAAGCAUGACCCCAAUGUCUAUCGCUGUUAUCGUAUCAAUAAAGGAGAAACCAAUGAAGAUGCCACGGAUAAUAGUUAACUUAUCUUCCAAUGUUAGCAUACACUGGUAUAAUGGAUUGCCUACGAAUAAGAGCAAGUAUGAAGAAUUCUACCAGCUAAACUCUGUAAACUGGAAACUUUCUGCUACAAAUUAUAACAUUUACAUCCCUGCGAAUUCAUACUCAGCAGACGAUGUCCAACAGAACCUAGACAUUGAUGUGAUUAGAGAUUAUGUGGUAUUCAAGAAUAAGAAGACAAGCCAUCGAAAAUACGUAGAAAAUAAGGCUAGCCUGAAUAAGGAGUUACAGGACAUGCUUAAUGCUACUGAUAGUGAUGACUCAAAGACAUCCAACUCAGCCGAGUCCAGCAAAAGCAGUUCCAGUCAAGAGAAUGACAAUUCUACAAUAUCACAAUCAUCGGAGACCACCUCCAAAGGUGGAAAUGAUCGCUCAACAAACAAUUCUAAUGGCCAGAAUGAAUUGGAUGAUGACGAACUAUUCAUGCCUGGUGAUUAUGUAUUUGUUAUCCCAGUAGCAUUUGCAAACAGGGCGCCGGAGACACUUACAAUGCCUUCGGGUAGAGUCUUCUAUCGUCUGAAAAUUCUUACAAAUGCGGAAGCAGUGGAUGAUAAUAUUGCUGAGCGUCUACUAAACAGGCCACCUCUCUCUACUAAUGCUUCUUCUAAUGGUGCGCCUGUAACAAUUUCCGCAAACGAUUUAGACUGCUUCAAAUCAUCCGGGACCAUGAGCCAUUUCAGUAAUGUGUCUACUCCGCCUCCACUAACUGUCCCACCUAGUUCGCAACUCCAAGCUUGCCCUCCAGAGACUUUCGAUAGCCAUUUGACACCGGGUCAAAACUAUGCAACUUCACAACACAAGGCAAGACAGUUGUCCCUUGAUUAUAGUAAUAUGCAUAGCAACAAUAAUACAUUAGGAACAAAAAAUACUCGUCAAAGAGCUCACAGUAGUGUAGACACUAAUACAAUGAAGGAAAUGAGAGCUAAUCGCCGUGGAGACCAAUUUGAAUCUCAUCAACUGUCUGCUACUAAUGACAUGAAAACAGACAGAAGAAAGCGGUCAGGAACAAACUCAUGGUUCAAAUCAAUCAAAGACCAAUUCUCUACAUCAGUUGAUAACAAUACCGAUACCCCGGACACUAAAUCCUUGACUGGAAAAAUUUCACCUAUCAGUAUGUCUAGAAAGGGAAGUGUAACCGAUCAAAGAAGGCCAUCUGGUGAACUGAAAGCAAAUGUUGAAAAGAACAAAUACAGUAUUUUCAUCGAUGAGCCAAUAAAUAUUGUUCGUAUGCCACCAGAACAGUCUUUGACUACUGCAGACAAACCAGUUUAUGUUAAUAAGGUGUGGGCUGAUUCUCUUGCAUACGAGGUAUCUUUUGGGAAGAAAUAUGUUCCAAUAAAUAGCGAAGUCCCUCUAGUUAUAAAGUUAUCACCAUUAGUGAAAGAUAUUGAGAUUAAACGAAUAAGAGUCAGUGUUGUUGAAACUAUAAAAUAUUCCAACAUCAAUAGGAAAUAUGAAUAUGAUCAAUUAGAUCCUAUUCUGAAAGAUCCAUUCAGCCCGUAUUAUAGAGACUUGAUUGCAAGAAAAAAGAAAACCAGGAGCCUACCUUUGCUUGAAAUACGUUCUAGAGAAAUAGGCAACAAGGCUCUUUGUGAAGAAGUGGUGGAAGGAUGCUUAAAUGAUAAUUUACUAUCCUACAGUUCUGUAACCGACGAGUGCACUGAAUUUAACAGAAGAAAAAAUACAACAGAAAAGAAAACCAAAUCUGUACCUUUAAUUGAACCCAUAUGCGUAGAAACAACAUUAAAACUUCCAAAUCACAUGGACUUUGAUAGAACAACUGCAAAAAACCUACCCCCAUAUGGUAUUGAAAGUUUUGUCUCAGGUAAUGCUGAUGAUGAUUGGUACAGCUCAAGACAAAGCAGUGUUUUUGGAUUUUUUAAGUCUCAAAAGAGCUCCAACUCGGUUAAUUCAUCACCAAGCAAAACAAUGCACAAAAGUAGGACCAAAAUAUUCACAGAAGGAGGAAUUACCGUGAAUACCAAGACCAGACACCAUGAAUCACAUAGAGGCUUAUACCUUGACAGCUCCUAUUUCAGAAAUAUCAACUCAAAGCACAAGCUGGAGAUUAUGCUAAGAAUAAAAAAGACAGACGAAAAUGAUCCCACAGUUGCAAAGAACUUUGAAAUCGUUAUCGAUACACCAAUUUAUGUGGUCUCCGAACAUUGUAGUAACGGUAACACCGAGUUACCCACUUAUAAUAUGGCUUUAUCAGAUUCAACUAAAGUAAUGUUGGCUUCAAAUAACGUUCCACCACCCACAUUUGAAGAAGCAACCUCUUCUUACUCAUCACCUUUUGCAAGCCCAAGUGCAUCUCCAAGAAUAGCUGCCAUUGCUGGACACUAUGGCGGUUCUUAUCCUGAUUAUAGUCCACUUGAUAUGUCAAGGUCUGGCUCUAUCAGUGUAAGAUCAGAUCUGUCGGUCGAUACAGAUUUACCGAACGUGGACCAUCUGAUGGCAUCGCUGCCACCAGUCAGUACCAAUAACAUGAUAGAUAGUGUACGGUCUACAUAUAAUAACCUAGACGGUCUACUAUCAUCACAUUCAUCACUUGCCAAUAAAAGAGAAACUUCUAACAGAUCAGGUGUUGAUGGUUUUGAUACUACUUCAAAUAAUGGUAGUGAUAUGAACAAACCUAGGAAUUUCCCAAUCAUAACUGUAUCAGCUGCAGAUGAGCUAUUCAAAAAAGAUUACAGCAUAAUGACCACAAAUGGCAGCGGUGACUAUCCUGAACCUCCGAAAUAUGAAACGGUUGUCGGGGGAUGUGACACACAGUCAAAUCACUAA